AUGGAGGAUAGUGGUCUACCUCAACGUAUGUUCCAGUCAGGGAAUGAACCAACUGGUAGAAAGCGAGUGAAUAACUAUUUCAACUUAGAGUGGGUUGACCAUAUAAAAGCGUUGUUGGAAGAGGAUCAGCUUGAGCAGUUAGCGGCGUCUCAGUUUGGAAGGUUAAUGCAGAUGGGCAAUCACGUGUUCUCGGUGAUGUUUCUACACUACAUUCUGUCAAGACAGCUAUCAACGAAGAAGAAGUAUGAGUUGUGGUGGCUAUUUGCGGGUAAACCCAUCCGAUAUGGAAUAGAUGAUUUUGCCUUAGUGACCGGUUUGGAUUGCAGACCAGUUGAAUGUGGUGAACGGAAGGGUAAAAAGAAAAAAAAAUCUUCUGCCGUGCGAAGGAAGAAUGUUGAAGGCAGACCUGGUGGACCGAUGUGGUUUUCAUUGUUUGGCACUGCGGAUAAACCAACUCCUUCGUGGAUCUUCGAGAGGCUUACUAGUGGGCGAAAGUUCAAGGACCCACUUGCAAGGUUCCGGCUUGCACUAAUCCUUCCCGUAGAAGGAAUAUUGUGUCCUCAGAGUGGCUCAACUAAUAUACGGCCCAGUGUGGUCGAGAUGGUUGCUGAUAUAGACGCGUUUCUGAAAUACCCAUGGGGACGUGAAUCCUUUGAACUAACGGUAACGAUUGCAAAGGCGAGAAGUCCUCAACAACUCGUUCAACCUACUACUGCCAUACAGGGUUUCUCUCAUGCAAUGGUUCUCGUGACUGUCUGCUGCUGUCCGAGAAUCAUCUCUGGUGGAGCAUUAAUUGAUCAUUUGCUUAAAGAAGCCCAUCUUAUUGAAGACGUAAUUCAUACUGUGAUCAGUAACCUUGUUGGGGUUAAUAUUGUUAGAGCACGUACUGUGGAUUUGGAAGGGCAGGCAGUGGUUAGGUCGUUAUUGUGUGAGACCGUGGAUGUGGUUGGAGGGGAACUUCAUUUCCCGGAUGAAGCAGAAGAUGAUGCGGUAGCACACAUGAAGCAGUUGAUUGAAGAGGAUUAUCCAUUUGAGCAUAACACCUGGGCCGGCGGUGUGACUGCUUCAGAAGCCGCCAGAGCAGAAUCAGAUGGUAGUGAUGGAGAGGAGAGUGAUGCAGGGCAUCAACCGUCUGCUCCGGCUAGUGAAACUGGUGGUGGAAAUAACCGUCGAGGCGCUAUGGAGAACGACAACUUCUGGGAUAUGCCGAUGUUAAAACCCCCGCAGACAGUGGAAGUGGGCCAAGGUAGCAGUGGAACUGGCAGUUCUAUCACACAGUUGGCAGACGCAUUUGAAGAGCGUGCACGGAGGAUGUUUGUUGUGUACACCGAAAGUGUUAAAGGGUAUGAGGAGACAACAUUGGAGAAAAUGAAAACUCAAAUAGCUGAGUUGGGUCAAAACAUGUCACGCGACCCGAACACAUCGGCUGAGACAGAACACCCAUCCCCUCAUGGAGAAGUUGAAGGCACAGAGAAUUAUAAUCAGAAUAUUGCAGCUGCUGCUCCACCUACGGGGAAUGGGGUUUGUAAUGAAAAAAAGCAUGCCGAAAGUGUUCAUACUGAGGCGACUCUGUUUCAGGGAACUACAGGGGAAGAGCCUACGGAGUCCACUUUAGAGAUAGCAAACUCGCGAGCGGAGCGGACCCAAGUUGAGCAGUAUGAAGCGGUUAUACCGCCAAGGCGUGAGUCUGCAAGGGUUCGGAAUAUCAGAAAUGGUUCCGCAGCUGUUAUCGAGCGUGACACACAGAAGCCGCCUGCUAAACGGUCACUUGAGGUUACCACAGGACGACCGAAUGUUGGUAAUAUAAUGCCACCUAAACGUCCAAGAAGUAAGCGUACAAUGAGUGAGCCUGCUGCUAGCAACGUCAAAACACGUGGUACAUCAAAGGGUCGGAACUUCAGUAAAGAUUCCCAUGAUAAGGUUGCGGCGUUUGAAGUGUUCGUGAAUGCUAAUAUGAAGCUCAUACCCGCAACUGGUCUGCAUAUAGAAGGCAAAGCUUUACAACAAUUCUAUAAUGCCACUGCCGCGCCUGCGCCAGAGAUAAUUGAGGGUGUUGUACGAACCGUGCAACUAAGGCAUGACGCAUGUGGGGCUCGUACUUAUGAUUUCAUUCCACCGUCCUACAUAACAGCAAUAAAGGGAGACUAUGGUGGUUUCAUUUCAUGCGCGGAUAAGGAUUGCUUUGUGCUCUCCGAUUCAGUCAGACUCCCACUACCGACCCGCCCACAAAUUGAACCAGAUGUCACGCAUCUGUACUGUCCUUACAUGGUAGAUGGGACACAUUGGGUUGGAAUUGUUAUUGACAUACCAGCAAAGUCCAUUACAGUGCUUGACUAUAACACUGCAUGCGUCUCCGAUGCUGGAAUGGAGAAUUACCUACAACCGCUAGCUGCUAUGCUACCAUACGUUAUCCGGGACGCAUUUGGUGUAGAUGCAUCAACUUCAGCACAACGCACGCCGUUUCCUGUAAAGCGUCUUGACAUUGCCCUCCUUUGUCUCUCGGCCGUGGCUGCACUGGCGUUGAUUGAGCUGCACGCAACGAAGCAAAUACUUGCAUCCGGUGACAUAGAAGAUGACACAUUGCGUACUGCAAGUAGAAACUACGCGGUUUCCCUGUAUGAGUACCUUGUAUCAAUUACUGCUGCUUGA